UCACUAUCCACCAUAUUGUAAACAGGUGCUUGGUGUGCUUGACAACGCCUGUUAUGUCCAUGUAACCAAACUCCCUGGUUUAAAGAAAAGGCGUGAAAAUAACUCGGAGAUAAGAAAUCAGUGAAGAUGAAGAAGUGUAUUUGUGAAAUCUGUACUUGUGGACGGCACAGAUGCCCUCACCGCCCCACAAACGUAAUAAACAAGGGAGAUCAGCCAUGUACCCUCACAGAAUACAACAACGAGUUCAAGCAGCACCCCCUCCAGAUGAGAGAGCCCUUCAAGCCCUCCGCAGAGGCCCUCAGAGGGGGGCAGUUUGAGGACAAAACCACUCAAAGGCAAGAUUUCAUCAAGCACCCCCUGGAGAAACCGUUUGUGAGGGUUCCUGACCAGUACAGGAGACCCGAGGGUGAGAUGGAGGGGAUGACGUCUUACAAGAAGGAGUUCACGGAAAAAUACCAGGCACCUGCGAGAGCUAUUAAACAUGAUGGUCAGCGUCUGGCUCAGGGCAGAUUUGAGGGAGAGCCCACCUAUAAAACCGACUACCGGAAGUGGGACAUGUCGGGCCGCGUGGGUCCCUAUGUCUCCCAAGACGCCUGGCAGCCGCCCACCAACAGGUUUGAGGGGGAGAGCACCAUGCACCACGAUUUCAUUAAGCACGAUGCCCGAAGACGCGGUAUGAUUAAGCCCCCACAGGCGGCCCAGAUGUCCGACUCACCCUUCAACGACAGGACUGGCUACAGGGACGCUUACAUCAAACACACUCUGGAGCCAAAAUACGUCCAUCCCAAAGAGCAGUACAAAGGGCCAGGAGCACCAUUUGAGGACAUGACCACAUUCAAACGAGAUUUCAAGGGCAACCCCGGAGAGAUUACUAGAAGUUUCAAGCCUGAUAACCAAGCGUUCUCAUCCGGGAAACCGUUAGAGGACGUAACUACCAAUAGGAACGACUAUCGAAGAUGGCCAAUGGAACGCCCCUAUGUACAUGCGCAUGAGCAGUACAAAAAGCCUGACGGUACCAUGGAAAUGACCACCACGCAUAAUUCGACUUAUAGAGAGCUGCCAUUGGAUCGAGUGGUCGCUCACCGCCCGUCGUCCGCCAAUAAAGCCCGUAACGCUCCAUUUGACGGUAGUACCAGUUACGCCAACGAUUACAAGAAAUGGGAAAUGAACAAAAACAAGCCCAUGAUGCGAGACGAAUACCAUCCAAACACGGCGCCAUUUGAGGGCCUUUCUACACAGAAAGCUCAUUACAUUCCCCACGAAUUACAGCCAAACAGAAGCUUUAGACCCGAUAACACAGCUUUCCAGAGCGGCUCCAAGUUUGAGGAUGGUACCAUGUACCGCACAGACUUUACACCAAAACACGUAGAGGUAUGCCCCGUUCUAGGAAUCGAAAAGGGCCAGACACAAUUCCAGUUUGUCUCAACUGAUCAGCGAGGCCAUAAAUUGUACCAGCCCGUCUUCGAGAGUGUCCAGUCGCUAAAUGGCUUUCAGUCACCAAACCGAAUGCAGAUGACCGCUGCAUAAUCUGUACAAGAAAUUAGAAUUUAUUCCAUUUUUCCAUAUACAGAUCUGUGAUAUUAUGUUUUUGUAGUAUGUUAUGGUCGGAUUUAAUGUUGGUACAGAAUAUGGGGGAAUUCCUACUGCAUUUUCGCUCUAGUGCCUUUUUCGUUUGGUUUGGUAAAGGCAGAAAAUAGAAUCAUGAUCGGGGAAAGCUCCUGCAUGCGAAGUGGUAGUGCUAUAACUAACAAAGCCAUCAAAGUCAUAUUAAGAGGAUCGAUCGACCUUGUUCAUUGAACAUUAGUGACGCAAUAUGCUAAAAAUAAAUUUGCUUCUAUAGUUUUCUGUGACAAUUCUCUUUCUGUAUGCAACUAUAAAAUUCAUAUACCUCUAUUUUUUUAGAAUAAGGUCGCCGUUUUGGUGUCCGGAUUAUGAUAUAUAUUUAUGUGUCGUAGUUUUUGUGUUUAUUGUUAUAAAUGACAAAGUUGGUAUGAAAAAAAAAUGUUGCCAAAAGCCAGAUUUAUGUAGCACAGGAACCAAGCAGAUUUUCCGGAACUGCCUAAUAACGCUUUGUGGCGUCAUUUCCGGUCCAAAUUUUAACGUUUCUUUGCUGCAUAAACUGUCCGUUAUAUAUAGCUAUUGAUGUGUUUGAUUACUGGCAAUCAUGAUAAAAGAUAAUUAUAGUACAUGUUAUUGUAUAUAACUAUUAAUUUACGAUGUUUGCAUUGUUGCAAGUGCUUUACUCUCAAUCAGCCGCUUCUCACAUUACAUUGUUACUCCUUCCUUUCCAUGCAAUAAACAAAAUAAUCCUCACCGAAGUUUUAACAUUAUCCUCUGUAAUUUAUAACACAAUGUUUCACUGUGUUGUUACAUAUUGUAUAAAUUCGCUGUACUUUUCUUUUUUUAUUGUAUACCAUAGAUACGUAGAAUACAAUUAUAUUAAAAGAGAUAAAAAGUCCAAACUCAU